ACUGACUGCAUGCACUCUGUCUCUGUCUCUGUCUCUGUCUCUGCGCCGGCUAGUCAGCCAAGGUAUAGCUGAGCUGAGCACCGCGCGGCGAUCUCGUGAUAUCUGCCCAUCUCGCUGCUGCUGCUUGCAUGCACGCCUGCCGCGCCUUCCCUUCCCCUUUCGUCAAGCAUUGCCCUGCGAGAGAACAUCAGCACAAUCGGCAGCCGCGCGGUAGUCAGCAGUCAGCAGCCAGCAGCCAGCGAUCAGCGAUCAGCGAUCAGCGAUCAGCGAUCAGAGCAACUACAGCAGAGGACGGCGGCAUAUAAGGCCGCUCUCGCUGCUGCUCCUGCUCCUGCUCCCAAAAGGAACGCCACGCCACGAACGCAUACGCUUAGACAGCGCAACACGCCCACCUUCGCACCAGCGCCCACAAACACACACCCACACCCACACCCACACGCCCACGCCAUGCUGCUGCCCGACCGCGAUGUGGAGACAUCAUUGCCCGCUGACAACAGUCAGAGUCGAAAUGGAUUCACCGUGAGCCUCAAGGAUCGCGCAAAGAGCAUUCCCUUCGGUCAAUCCUGCACCAACUCGCCACCCAUGCCGCCGCCCCGCGAUCAAGACCUGAUGUCCGUCGCCCCGCUGCCCGCCGCCAACACUCAAACUUCCGCCGGCUCGCUACAGAGCCAAUCGCAAUCGCAAUCGCAAUCGCAAUCCAGCGCUGCUCACCUCGAGCGCGAUUCGGCCCUGGGCUCACCUUGCACAACGAACCUGAGCACCGUCUCCAGCAUGGCCAUGUCCACUCAUCAGAGUCACGUCAGCCACGAGGAUGUGCAGCCAGGCGGCGGCAGCAGCACGGCAAGCUCGGCUUCAGCCAUCACCGUGGUGCGCCUGGACGAGUAUGUGGCCCGACUGCAAGCUGAAGGGUUUGGACUGCCAAGCAUCGUCGUGCGCCCCGAUGACCUCUCCACACAUGCCACCCAUGCAGCAGCAGCAGCAGCAGUACGCGCCUCGUCAGCUCUGCUGCCAGCUGAUCGUGGAGCAAGCGUAGCCGCGCUGGAUGUGCGGGAUGAUGAUGAUGAUUUGCGCAAGAGGGUGUACGGCAAUGUGGAGCAGCAGCAGCAGCCUUCGCUCAGACUGGCCUCUAGGCACAGGCACGGACACGGACGAGCAGCAGGCACGCCUCGUUCCGUGUCCGACGAUACGUUUCACAGCGUGUUUUGUCAAGACGAAAUCUCUUGUCGAACUCAUCCUCAAGCCGAUCCACGCGCCACGAGGGAUGCCGCUCCAUCUGGCUACGAACGCGCUGCUACCCUGCCACCUUCUUACGUCACGGGCAAUCCGCACACGUCCACUGCAACUCGCUCGUCUCACCCCGACAACGGCAUCAUGCACGCCAACGACGGCGGUUCAUCAAGUUUCCACCCCUCGCUUCAUCGCAAUCCUCCUCAGCGCGACGAUACAUCUUGCUCCAUGCCCGCCGCUUCAUGCAUGCCAGAAGACAUUCAGCGCGUGUCCGCAUUCUUUGGCGGCGUGCACUUCAGACCCGACUUGUGGACCAAUCUGCGCGUCUGCCUGCGAUUCGGCGCAGAUGCUGGUCGCAGGCGCACGUUCGGUACGCGUGGAGAUCGGAUGCUCAAGCUGAUCGUCAGCACGGCAGAGGACAUCCUCGAAGAGAAUCGCGAAAUGCUCGGAGGCACACCAUCGCUUGCUCGCCUACUACCCCCUCGUCCAGGCUUUCAACCUCCUACCAGACUGAUCGAGACGGAUGCUGAACUUGGCAAAUGGGCGCAGAACCGCAUGCGCGACCUCACGACGGGUCAUCUAGCAGGCGACGAGGUGCGAGCCUAUGCUGGCCUCUUCAAGGGCGUCUGCUACUUUGUCUACCGCAGUGUGGGCGAGGCAGGCACUGCUCGCGCCCUCAAAUACAUUGGUCUCGGCUCGGAAGUGAGCACGUAAGGAUGCCGGCCCUUUUGUGCACAUGCCAGCUUGCCACGCUGCUUCCCCUCCCCACCACCGACUUUGCUCUCGUCAACCCUGUCACCUCAUCUCGCUUCGGUAUGUUGCCUCGUAAAGAAUGCUCGGCUCGCGGCGCGCGUCACCCUGUUAGAGCCACCCAUCUUGUAUGCAGUCUGCCAUCAUGUGCCCGU